AUGGGCGUGGGACAUGCCUCUUUGGGCCCGGUGGCCUUGGGAGCUCUACCCCCCUGCAUCUGGGGUCCAGGCCUGUCCCAGAAUGGAGCUAGGGCUUCAUCCUUAUGGGGCAGAGCAGAACCUGGGGUGGGCGGGGAGCCUGGGACAGGGAUGGGGACACGCUCAGUCUCAAAGAUGAUGGCCUAUCACAGCUUCUGCCAGCGCUCCUCAGGACCCGGCCUCUGGGGGGCCAUUGCCCAGCCCCAGGGGCGUUUCUGGACUUGGCUACCCUUCCGUCCCUGGCCCCGCAGGGCUGGGGGAGGAUACAUGGAUGAAGGGAAGGACGAGGAGAGGGGAGGAGACGAUGAAGGGGCAAGUUUGGGAAAUAUUGAAUUAAAGGAAACGGGGCCUGGCUGCAGAGCGGCCUCCGCUAGAGGGCUACGGCGGGAGGAUUCCCGGGGGCGUCGCCUGCUUCCGCCGCCGCCUCCUUCAGUGAAAGUCCCUUUUGGGUCCAGCUGCCACAGCCACCGCGCUCCCUCAGGCCGGGCGGGGGACACCCCAGAUCUGCGGGGAGGAGCCGCCGCCAGUGGAGGCGGAGGAGCAGAGGAGGCGGAGACGGCGGAGACGGCGGAGAAGGCGGAGAGGAAGGUGGAGGCGGAGGCGACGGUGGAGGGGAAGGUGGAGGCGGCCGGGAAGGUGGAGGCGGCCGGGAAGGUGGACGCCACCGGGAAGGUGGAGACGGCAGGGAAGGUGGACGCUGCCGGGAAGGUGGAGACGGCGGAGGGUCCGGGCCAACGAUUAGAGCUCAAGCUGGAGCCCGAACCCGAACCCGAGCCGGCACGGGAGGCGGAGCAGGGGCCGAAGGGGGAGCCGAAGCGGGAGCCAGAGGAUGAGAACCCGGCGAGGAGCGGCGGUGGCGGCGGCAGCGACGAGGUUCCUCUCCCCACCCUUCCCUCCGACCCCCCGCGGCCCCCCGAUCCCUCCCCGCGGCGCAGCCGUGCCCCCCGCCGCCGACCCCGGCCGCGGCCGCAGACCCGGCUCCGUACCCCGCCGCAGCCUAGGCCACGGCCCCCGCCCCGGCCCCGGCCCCGGCGCGGCCCUGGGGGUGGAUGCCUGGAUGUGGAUUUCGCUGUGGGUCCACCAGGCUGUUCCCACGUGAACAGCUUUAAGGUGGGAGAGAACUGGAGGCAGGAACUGCGGGUGAUCUACCAGUGCUUCGUCUGGUGUGGAACCCCAGAGACCAGGAAAAGCAAGGCAAAGUCGUGCAUCUGCCAUGUGUGUGGCACCCAUUUGAACAGACUUCACUCUUGCCUUUCCUGUGUCUUCUUUGGCUGCUUCACAGAGAAACACAUUCAUGAGCACGCCGAGACAAAACAACACAACUUAGCUGUAGACCUUUAUUACGGAGGUAUAUACUGCUUUAUGUGUAAGGAUUAUGUAUAUGACAAAGACAUUGAGCAAAUUGCCAAAGAAGAGCAAGGGGAAGCUUUGAAAUUACAAGCUUCCACCUCAACCGAGGUUUCUCACCAGCAGUGUUCAAUGCCAGGCCUCAGUGAGAAGUAUCCAACCUGGGAGACAACCAAACCCGAGUUAGAACUGCUGGGCCACAACCCAAGGAGAAGAAGAAUUACCUCUAGCUUUACCAUCGGUUUAAGAGGACUAAUCAAUCUUGGCAACACCUGCUUUAUGAACUGCAUCGUCCAGGCCCUUACCCACACUCCGAUCCUGAGAGAUUUCUUCCUCUCCGACAGGCACAGAUGUGAAAUGCCAAGUCCCGAGUUGUGUCUGGUCUGUGAGAUGUCUUCGCUUUUUCGGGAGCUGUAUUCUGGAAAUCCAUCUCCUCACGUUCCCUAUAAAUUACUGCACCUGGUGUGGAUACACGCACGGCAUUUAGCAGGGUACAGGCAACAGGAUGCCCAUGAGUUCCUCAUCGCAGCAUUAGAUGUCCUGCACAGGCACUGCAAAGGUGAUGAUGCCGGGAAGGCAGCCAACAAUCCCAACCACUGUAACUGCAUCAUUGACCAAAUCUUCACAGGUGGCCUGCAAUCUGAUGUUACCUGUCAAGCCUGCCAUGGUGUCUCCACCACGAUAGACCCAUGCUGGGACAUCAGUUUGGACUUGCCUGGCUCUUGCACCUCCUUCUGGCCUAUGAGUCCAGGGAGGGAGAGCAGUGUGAAUGGGGAAAGCCACAUACCAGGAAUCACCACCCUCACGGACUGCCUGCGAAGGUUUACGAGGCCAGAGCACUUAGGAAGCAGUGCCAAAAUCAAGUGCGGUAGUUGCCAAAGCUACCAGGAAUCUACCAAACAGCUCACAAUGAAUAAAUUACCUGUCGUUGCCUGUUUUCAUUUCAAACGGUUUGAACACUCAGCCAAACAGAGGCGCAAGAUCACGACAUACAUAUCCUUUCCUCUGGAGCUGGAUAUGACACCGUUCAUGGCCUCGAGUAAAGAGAGCAGGAUGAAUGGACAGUUGCAGCUGCCAACCAAUAGUGGAAACGACGAGAAUAAGUAUUCCUUGUUUGCUGUGGUUAAUCACCAAGGAACCUUGGAGAGUGGCCACUACACCAGCUUCAUCCGGCACCACAAGGACCAGUGGUUCAAGUGUGAUGAUGCCGUCAUCACCAAGGCCAGUAUUAAGGACGUUCUGGACAGUGAAGGGUAUUUACUGUUCUAUCACAAACAGGUCCUGGAACAUGAGUCAGAAAAAGUGAAAGAAGUGAAUACACAAGCCUACUGAAGUGACACACAGACCUACCUACCUGUAAUGGAAGAUGACAGCACCCAUACUACAACUGGCAUUGAGAUUUAAAGGACCUACUUGCAUGGCCCACGGGCCUGACAGAGAAUAGUUCUAAGAGAUAUGAAUGGCGCGAGACUGCUGAAGCUGAUCUCCCUGUCUCCACUGGUG